AUGGCAGCCGUAAUUUCUCCAACGUCUCCAGCUACGUCUCCAUCACCAGUUAGUUCUCCCUCGUCGAAUCCUAACCAUCCUUCCCUCCCACCUUUAAACACUUCACCAACCGCAAAGCGACCAAAUUUGCAGCGUCCUACAUCUCAUGCCUCAAAGAAUAGAUUAUCACAAUACUCGAAUUAUUCUGCGCCGUCACGUUCGCGACCUCCUUCACAUAUCUUUCCGGUCUUUCAUUCUAGUCUUUCAUACACGACAGUUCGCGAUUUCGCAUACCCUUCUUUGCAUCCUAUGCACUAUGGACCGCCUCUAGAGCCGUCUCAACCGCCAUCGGGCCUCUCGACACCAGCUAGCGAAUCGCAUAAACGAUUGUCAGAUCCCCCAACUUCAUGGGAUAAUCGCGGAUCUUGGGGACCUGGUCCAUGGGGUGGUGAUGGAUUUAUGAAAGGGGAACAAUUGGCGCCUAUACACUUUGGUGAUGGACCUCCAUGGAGUGAAGACGAGGAUCUACAAAGUCCGGUUGUCGUUAGUUCACGCCACAGGAAGCACAAAUCAUCAGUGGGAGAAUAUGGACAUUCGCGUGGGAGAGGGCGAACGCCCAGGGAUGGAGAGCGCAGAACAAGCAUGCUAAGUCAAGAGAACUUUGAGGACGACGGAGGAUAUUUCGCCGGUGGCAGUGGUGAUAAUAGCGAAAGAUAUUAUGUCAAUCAAGGAGAGGAGGCAGAUGGACCUGGUGGAGAAUAUGUUACAUACCCCUCGGAGUUGGCAAGACGCUCAAUGCUAGCGCCGUAUAAUGUUCCAGGUCAACGAGAUUCUCACUUCGCUGGCCUUUUGCCCAGUCGCUCAUAUACGGACGAGAGUGGCCAAGACUACCGCUCGGAGUCUGAUGCUUCGAGUACUGCAUCAUCGCCCGGCAUGACUAGACAUGAUGAAUCGAGAUAUUCUCGCGAUUAUCAGUUUACAAUUGCCUCGCCGGACGAAGAGAUGCAUGGUAAAGCCGUUGCAUUAUUUGACUUUGAACGAGAGAAUGAAAAUGAACUGCCUUUGGUAGAGGGUCAAGUAAUUUGGGUCUCAUAUCGACAUGGCCAAGGCUGGCUUGUCGCAGAAGAUCCCAAAACACAGGAAAGCGGUUUGGUUCCUGAAGAAUAUGUUAGGCUACUGAGAGAUAUUCAAGGAGGCUUAAACAGCUUAACAGGACAAGUUGAGCUUGCUAGUCCCGUGGGAGGUGACUCGGGUACACCUACUCAAGCGGAACACAACCAAGCAUUCGGGCACAACCCAAGUUCGAGUAAUGGGAGCAAUGGGUAUCAACAGCCUGUAGUAUCUACCUUCUCAACAUCCUCUAAAGAUUUACACCUAUACCCUCAACAUCUUCUGGGAACACAGGCUGGUCAAGCUCCACCUCAAGUUAUACAUUAUCAUGGGCAACGAGGUGGCAGUCAAGCCAAUACGCCUACUAUACCUAACUCUCAUGAGGGUCUUAUAGAAAGACCCAGUAGUCGAGAAGCUACAAAUGGGCAGCUUGAAGAGCAGCCGAGUAGUAAUACAGCACCUAUUGAAUCCACUCAUUCAGAUUCGGAAGUAAAGCUCUCACCAUCAGUCGCCGUUCAAAGCCCCGAAAGCCCCGCCGAUUCUUCUAAUGACACAACAAACGAGACACACGAAACUCCGGCUCGAUAA